AUGGGAAACCCUCCAGAGGUGAAGAUCUCGCCCGGGUCCGGACACUGGUUUGUGGGGAUGGAGAAGGCCGAGCUCCACUGUGAGGCCAAAGGACAGCCUCCAGUCUCCAACAUCACCUGGACCUGGAGGGGAGGGGCUCUGCCUGAAGGGUCCCAGGUCAGUGGGUCCCAGGUCAGUGGGUCCCAGGUCAGUGGGUCCCAGGUCAGUGGGUCCAGACUGGUCUUGGGUCAAGCUCUGAGACUCAACGACAGCGGCGUGUUCCAGUGUGUGGCCCAGAACCACCUGGGACCAGGAAGAGCAGAGUACGACUUCACUGUGACCGAGCGCUCCUUCCUGCUGGCGGACAUCAGUGAUAACCUGCUGAUGGUCCUGAUCGGAGCAGGUGCUGGUCUGCUGCUGCUGAUGGUUCUGUUGAUGGUCCUGGUCAACAGACACCAUAAGAACAAACACAAGAGACUGCAGCAGGAGCUCAGCCAGAAAACGGAAGAAAUCAACUCUUUGUCGAGACAGAACUCAAUGCGGCGUCUGAACUCGGUGAACUCUGACCCCCGCUCACAGGUGACCACACAAACUCCAGACUUUAGGAUCAUGGAACCGUGGAACUGGGGUGAAGCAGACGCCAUGUUUCUAUAA